CCGCAACGAACAGCGCCGAUGCCUGCUCGGCCUGCGCCGGCUGCACCGUCUGCAGCGACUUUCGAUGGCCGCCCGCCCAAAACCACACCCGCCUCUGCAAGCGCAGGCUCGGCAUGCAGCCGCAACAUGAAGAAGGCCCGCACCAGACCCACGGAUGCCGUCCAGACCCGGCCCUGGCUCCCCGACGAGCUGUGGCUGCGGGUGUUCUACUUCCUGCAGCCUCACUAUUGCGCGGCGCUCCCGUCGGGCCGCUGGAUGGAGGGCAGCAGCUUUAUCGGCCAGGACUACCACAGCUGUGAGCCCCACCAUGCCAAUGCGCCGUACUCCAACAUCCAUCACGGACUCGAAUCGUCGUUUGCUCGCAAGGUCUCGGGCCAACCAAGUCGCCCCUCUGCGACUCGCAGCCACUCGUGGGUCGAUCGGUCUGACAACGAGCGCCCAACCAACCCGAUAGCAGAGCUGCCUGCCGAGCCAAAGCGCAAAAAGCCACGGAUUGCUGCUGCUCACCACCGAUACCACCCGACCAUCGAGGCACCGCUGCCGUGCGGCAAGCCGGCGAUGCUGAUCUUGCCGCUGGUCAAUGCCCAGUUCCGGCGGGUGUGCUUCAUGCACUCGUUCUGGAAGACGCUCGCUUGGCACUAUCUGCUUCCGAUUGCCGACGCCAAGUCGCUGGAGCUGCACGAUCGCGAUAACCCAAUCUACGGACCCGAUGCCCUCUCUCAGUUCUACCAAGUGCUAUCGGGCGACCCUCGCCGACUGGCGCCUGUGGCUUCGAUCCAGCUUGAUCUUGCUCCGUUCGGCCGAUCGAUCGACCUGCCGGCCCUGUCGCUUCUGUUCUCGAGGCUCUCGUCCAAGCCCUCGAUGACGAUGGAGCGGAUUCGCUCGGUGGUCCUCAACUGCCGGUGGGAUACCAUCACCGAUUCGGCAGUGAUCGAGUUUGUUGCCGGGCUGCCUCGGCUCGAGUCGUUGUUUGUGGUCGGCGUUCGAUCAAGCCAUGUUCUGAGUGGACUGUCGUCCGAGUCUCUCAAGCGAAUCCUCAAGGAGAACAAGCGACUGCGUCGCAAGGAUGCCGACGGCUCAGAGCAACGGGGGCUACUGCGUCUGGGCCUCGCCGGUUACGGCUACGGCAGCUUUUCGUCGCACACCUUCCUCGGCUUUCUCGCCCUGCACCCCUUCCUGCAGCAGCUGUCGAUCGGGUACAUGCGUGGCGGCGUCAAUUUGACCCAAAUUGCUGCUCUGGCGCCGCACCUCGAGUCGCUCUGCAUCCAAUUCGAGCGGGAAAAGUCGAUCGACUCGGCCGGAACGAGCGCCGCGGGCGUGGCCAUGUCGGCCGUGACGACCUUUGGCGAGACCAAGCCCAAGCUCGUGGGCGACUUUUCGGGAUUCGGCAAGCUGCGGGCCUUGGCGCUGGUCUCUGCGAUGCAGCCACACGACCAGCACUGUCUAGACAUUGAGCUGCUGAAUGAGCUUGUGCUCACGGCGAGCGGACUGCCCCUCGAACAGCUCCGCCUGCCGCGGUAUGUGCUGGCAGCCCGGUCGCCGUCCGAGGCCGACUGGGUCAACCAGCAGAAACUGGCCUUUUGGGAUACCCUGGGCACGGCAUUCACGUCGCUGAAGCUGGUCCGGAUCGAUUUCAAGAUGCUGGUGGAUCUGCCGACCGACAGUGUGCUGCUGGUGAGGAAGUUUCUGGAGGGCCUGCAGCAUCUGAUACUCUUUGUGGAUGCAGACGACCGACCGGCGGCCGGCCUGGCUCCGGGCAAGACACGGACAUGGGAACUCCUGGCAAGUUUGCGACAGAGCCCAAGCAGAAGGAUCACGUAUCUCUACUGAGCAACGGCAGCGUAUUCAGUGGUGGAUGUAGUGGAUGUAGUGGAUGUAGUGGAUGUAGUGG